UCCUUUCAUGGAAAGGUAUCGAACACUAUUGAGCUCAUUGGACGGCACUGGUCAUGCCUGGGGCUCUCAAUAGUAUGAGCUUGCAUACUGCCGGCAUGCAUGCCUUCUCUAGGAUAUCCUAAAAUUCUCUUUCUUCUUCUGUGUUCUUACUUUAUAUUUGGCGUUCUGGUUUUAUCACGAAGUGGUCCAGGAAACUGUUACCCUAUCCUCUUGUUCUGGUCUAAGCGCACUCUUUGGUACAAUAGAAGGUCACCAAACCACGCUAUGGCAUCGAAAACGGCCAGGCUGUAGUGCACUAUCGAAUACAAUGCCAUAAGAUUAAGUGUUACAACUUCGUA